AUGGAUGGAUGGAAUGGAGUGUUCUUACUUGUCUACAUCAUGGUUAUGUACAGCAUCUCUGUGAGAGUGAACUUGCACCGUAACUGGCUCGGGUCUCUUGAGCUCGACGAUGCUGAGAGAACAGUAAACGAAAAUAUGGGAUGGGACUUCAGUUGGCAAGCGCCACUGGCAGAGAGCCGACCCGAGUCUCUUUUGCAAAUCCAUGAACUAGGUGAUCUCGUCCUUCCAAUCAACGAGUCGUUGGCGAAGUCGUUUUAUACCGUCCACGACCGUUUCCAUGCCUGGUAUCUCAUGCACAACUGCAUUCAGCUGCUGCCGGCGUUUGGCGAUGAUGGCACUGAUGAUCAGGUCUUUGAGCUCAAUAGCAGAAUAGUUUGUACUAGGAAACUCGGCUCGGGAGUACGGAGUUAG